AUGGCUGACCGCCCAACACUCGUGAAACCCAAACCAUACGAUCACUCGAAAUCAACAAUAGAGAAUGCGUUGGAACUUACGGAAUUAUCAGCCAUUGGGCCUGAUAUGUUCACCAAUACACGCCCACUAUGGCACCCUCCAGGAGCACGCGGUAUAUACGGUGGUGCAGUCAUUGCGCAGUGCCUCGCCGCCGCCCAGCGGACCGUCCCAAGCAAUUUCACCGUCCAUAGCAUGCACUGCUACUUCGUGUUAGCAGGAGACGCCUCGAUUCCGGUCAUGUUCUACGUGGAGCAUAUCCGAGAAGGAAAAUCUUUCGCAACACGCACAGUGCAAGCGCGGCAACGGGGAAGGCCGAUAUUUACAACAACAAUGUCAUUUGUGCGUGAGAAUAGCGGCGGAUCAAAGACGAUACAACAUGCUGUUCCCCUGCCUUCUGGUGUUGUGGUCCCGAGCGAUAGCAUUACCGAGGACGAGGAGGGCGAGGGAAGUGGACCAUUUAUAUCCCGCCGAAUUGAGAUCCUGAACAAGGAGAGCAAGAACCCGCACGAAAAACGAACUCGACAAUGGAUCAAGGCCCGGGGACGGAUCAGCGAAGCUGGUGGCCAUCAGGCGCAUCUAAGUGCACUGGCAUAUAUGAGUGAUAGUUAUUUUAUCGGCACUGUAUCGCGGAUCCAUGGCAUCUGGCGGCAUCUGGAUGCUCCAGCUGAAAAACAGCCCGUGGGCGCCUCGGAUGCCGAUGUCCCACAGUUGGGCAUGAUGGUUAGUCUAGAUCAUACUAUUUAUUUUCAUCAGCCGAGGAAAUUUAGGGCUGAUGAGUGGAUGUUUACGGAGAUGUCGAGCCCUUGGAGUGGGGAUGGAAGAGGGGUUGUGCAGCAACAUAUGUUUGCUAGCGAUGGGACGCUGGUUGCUACAUGUUUUCAAGAGGGCGUUGUGAGACUAAAGCAAGAUCCCGUUCCGGCGUCCAAACUAUGA